GGUCCCUAUUUUGUGGAUAAAAGGCUCGCGAUGUGUGGAACCACACAGCACAGAAGUUGGGCAGCAGAAAGCCAGAGGAAGAAAGAGGGUGACUUUCGAGGGGCCAAGACGCAGCUACAGCCCCCUACGGUUGUCGUUGACGACUGUUCGCUUGCGUUUUCGUUUGCGGCAGUUCUGUUCACUCCCCCCGUAUUUAGGCGUCAAGAUCAUUUAUCUGUGCACAUCACCUCGUCACAGGAUCUGAAACGCCAUUUGAAGCACUCCCAAUGGCAAAGUAGAACGGAGGAAGUCCCACGCACUCGCACACUGGCUAUUUGUCAAUGGCUGAGAAUGCUCCCGGGGAAGAAGGCGGUGGAGGUGGGACAGGGAAGAGUGGAGGAGGGUUGGGGGAUAUCUUGUCAAUGGCUCUUUUCCAGACUGGAGUGAACUCUAUAGCUCCUGCACAGAUAUCGGUUGACCACAGCUCCAUCCUCAACGCUGCAGCCAAUACCCUGGACUCCUCUCUCCUCUCUACCGAUAUCAGCGUGCUGACUGCCGGUUUACUGUCCACCUUGGCACGAGAGAAUGCACUCAGAAACGAACAGAAUAAAUCACGUGCAACUGGAACAAACCCACAACCUACUGCAACUGUUGUGUCAAGUGGAAAACCAACCCCAACAGCUCAGUCGGCACAGACCCCCACAGUUCCUCCCUCAGUCACUAACUGUGCGCUGUCCCUGGUCACCAGACCUCCGUCCGAAUCGGAAAUGAAGACGGCAGAGCUGUUGAAAGCAGAGCUCCGAAACUCGGCAUUAGACAAUGACAUUGACUUGGACGAGCUGUUAGCCGGAGGAGACAGCAUGAGUGUUGACAGUGUCAAUGAAAUGUCUUUCCUUACUGGAUCUGUCGGCUCAAAUUCAACCCUAAAUACUGCUCCCAGCGAUCCUUUUCUCCUUCCCUCCCAUACCACCUCGCCCAGCCUGCCUGGUUUGUGCACCAAUACAGCUGCAGACCCUUUCUCCUCUCUCCUAAACAUGCCAAGCACACACCACCUUGGAAGCAUGGAGCCACCCUCCUCCGCCCCAGGUGUUUCUGUGCCUGGUAGCACGGGGCAGAACACACCACCUGCUGUCUCUAGGAGUCCAGUGUUAACGGCUCCCCAGAGUGUAAAACUGACAACUGCUGCUACCUCAACAUCGUCUUCCUCUUCCCUCUCCGCCUCCUCCUCGUCUGUCAAGACCACCAAAAGGGCUCUCCCACUCCCUUUCCCAGCACCCUCGCUCACUUCAUCCACCAGCUCACCAGCAGCACCCUCCCUCUCCUCCUCCCCCUCCUCCAACACAAUCACAGGUCUCAACAAAAUCACCUCCACCAGCACAUCCACGACCACGCCCUCAUCCACAAAGAAAGUAGCCCUCUUCACCACCAAGCCGGGACUCCCUUCUGCUGCUACCAAGCCAGCUCUCCCCGCCACCAAGUUGGAUCUGGCGGCCAUUCUCAGAGAGGUCACCAAGAUGACCCCUGGCUCCGUCUCAACGUCACCCCUCACCAGUACGGUGUCCGUGACCAUCGUCCCGCCGUCUGCCGUCCAGACAGCUAUGGAGGGAGUGGGGGGCGGGGCCAGGACCCACCGGCUCUUUUCGCUGCCGGGCGGAGUCUCGUUUCUUGCCAAGGCCCUUCAGAGAGCUGGGGCUCUCAAACAAGGGAGACCUGCCAGUGAGCAGCAAAGUUCGCAACCUGAACAGGAAGACGAGUCGGAGGAUGAGGAUGAAGACUGGGCGGCCAUCACUACGUACUCCAAUUAUAAACCUUCGAAACUGAGGAUCGGCCACAGUCAUCCUGACCCCAUUGUUGAGUCAAGUUCCCUGUCUAGUGUGGAACCACCCCAAGUCUGGUUCGACCUGAAGCUCCCACCUCACGUGAUAGAACAAAUCCAGCUCUCCUCGCUCCAACUGGAGGCCGUGGUCUAUGCCUGCCAGCAGCAUAUGAACAUUCUCUCCGACGGAUCCAGGGCUGGGUUUCUAGUCGGGGAUGGUGCUGGCGUAGGAAAAGGAAGAACAAUAGCAGGCAUUAUCUAUCAGAACUACCUAGAAGGAAGAAAGAAAGCGAUUUGGCUGAGUGUGUCCAACGACCUGAAGUAUGACGCUAUUAGGGAUCUAAAGGAUGUUGGUGCAAAGAAAAUAGAAGUCUAUUCUUUAAAUAAGUUUUACUACGGGAAAAUCAGCGGGAAGCGUAAUGGUCGAGUGAGAAAGGGAGUCAUAUUUUCCACUUACUCUUCUCUGAUUGGAGAGAGCUCCAGCGGAGGGAAAUAUCGGACACGGCUCAACCAACUGCUCCACUGGCUGGGCCAGUUCGAGGGAGUUAUAGUGUUUGAUGAGUGCCACAAGGCCAAGAACCUGGUACCGACGGGGGCCAGCAAGCCGAGCAAGACGGGCCUCACGGUGCUCCAGCUCCAGAAGAGACUGCCAAAGGCGAGGAUCGUGUACUGCAGUGCCACGGGCGCCUCGGAGCCGCGGAACAUGGCGUACAUGUCUCGACUGGGGAUAUGGGGACCCGGAACACAGUUCCCGAGUUUCCACGACUUCAUCAAGGCUGUGGAGAGAAGGGGAGUUGGAGCGAUGGAGAUAGUUGCAAUGGACAUGAAGUUGCGAGGGAUGUACAUUGCUCGGCAGCUCAGUUUCUCCGGCGUGACCUUUGACAUCCGAGAGGUGUCCCUAACCGACAAGUUCAUUGAGAUGUAUGACUCCUCAGUUGAAAUGUGGGUGGAUGCAAAGAGACUGUUCCAGGAGGCAGCAGAUCUGAUGGACUAUGACAGGAAGAAACUGAAGACCAUGUGGGCACAGUUUUGGGCCUCUCAUCAGAGGUUCUUCAAGUACCUGUGUAUAGCUGCCAAGGUCGCGGAGGUGGUGCGACUGGCAAAGAAGGGUCUGUCGGAGGGCAAGUGUGCGGUGAUUGGUCUCCAGUCCACGGGGGAGGCCCGCACCCUGGAGCAGCUGGAGCAGAGCAACGGAGAGCUCACCGGGUUCAUCUCCACCGCCAAAGGUGUCCUGGAGUCACUGAUAAAGCGUCAUUUCCCGGCACCCAACAGAGUCGGGAUGGACUGGGCUCUCUUUGACAGUGACUCCACUCUCCCUUCCGCCUGUCGCAAGAGGAAACGCAGCGAGCACAGGGGACCAAUGUUCCAGGACGAGGAGUUCUCUAGCGACAGUGAUGACAGCAGUUCAGCAGAUGGUGACUCGGCAGUGGAGAGCUCCAAUGAUGACAACUUUAACCCCUUUGGUCUCAAUGAUGACCCAGAGCCAUGGGGCCACAAGUCGAAGAUGAAGCGCCGCAAGACGGAGGGAUCCCUGAGGACCAGGAACUACUCCAUCAAACCUCCACCCUCGUCCGGUAGGAAAGGCAAAGGAAAAACUAAGACUGGCUUCAACUCCAAGAGCCUCAAGUUCGAACCAGUGGGCUCUCCAAAGGAAGGGGUUCGAGGUGGUCUACCUGACAGGAGACAGAGUGUGGCUGUAGCGGAGGGGAUAUCUCGCUCAGCCCAGGGGCCCCCCUCGUUACGGCAGCAGAUGAGUCUCCAGCAGGGGGCCGGGGGCCAGACAGACGGCUCCUCUCUCCUCAACAUCAUGAGCUCUUCGGCCAUGACCACUGGCAGCAACUCCAGUCUCAGGAACUUCACCGUCAAGAGGAUGAAAGAGGAGCUAAUGAGAAAGCUGGAGGUACUGAGUCCUCACUUGCCUCCCAACACUCUUGAUGAACUCAUUGACGAUCUCGGAGGUCCCUCCAGGGUGGCAGAGAUGACGGGCAGGCGGGGUCGCGUGGUGAGUCUGCCAGACGGCUCGGUCCACUACCAACUGCGCAGCGAGUCGGACGUCUCGCUGGAGAUGCUCAAUCUCACCGAGAAACAGAGGUUCAUGGACGGGGAGAAGAACAUUGCCAUCAUCUCUGAGGCUGCCAGCUCUGGGAUCUCCCUCCAGUCUGACCGCAGGGCAAAGAAUCACAGACGGCGGCUGCACAUCACACUGGAGCUGCCCUGGAGUGCUGACAAGGCCAUCCAACAGUUUGGUCGUACCCACAGGUCGAACCAGGUAAAUGCUCCUGAGUACAUCUUCCUCAUCUCCAAGUUGUCGGGGGAGCAGAGGUUCGCCAGCGUGGUGGCCAAGAGACUGGAGAGUCUGGGGGCACUCACCCACGGGGACCGCAGGGCCACCGAGACCAGGGACCUCUCCAAAUACAACCUAGACACCAAAGUACGUCGUACGUGUACAACCCGGCACCACUUUGUUCUUUACCGAUGUACACGGGUUAACUGUGUUCAGUGGUAACCUUUGAAGGCAUAAAACUUCCACAUUUUAAUGUCGGUGAAAUUUUUUUGGCAAGGACAUUUGCAUGAACAAGCAAUCCUAGAAAUUUGACCGGGAUUUCAUUUCUCCCACAAUAAUGGAGUGCAAAAACUGCUAAGCAUCAGCUAUAAUGGUAUGUAUGUGUGUCUGUAAUGAUGUUUGUGUAUACAGUAUGGGCGACUGGCACUGGAGAGUGUGCUCAAGUCGGUUCUGAAGGGGAAGAGUUCUCUCAACAAUUCAGAGGAAUACACUGAAGACUUCCUAGACACUACUAGGGGGGCUCUAAUUGGAGUUGAUCUGUUGACGCGAGGCGACAGAGGGCUCUUUGCUCUGGAGAAAGACUCCACGACUCUCUCUCGGUUCCUCAACCGGCUCCUCGGGCUGCCCGUGAGACUCCAGAACCAGCUGUUUGCCUACUUCACCGACACUCUGGCCUCACUCGUCAAACAAGCCAAGAGAGCUGGGAGCUGGGACGGCGGCAUCAGAGAUUUUGGAGGAGGAGGUGAGGAGGUGGAGGUAGUGGAGGUACAGGAGUAUGUUGGUGACCCAGCUUACGGCACUGCUACCACACAACUGCACAAGAUCUUGGUGGAGAGAGGACUGUCAUUUCCUGAUGCUCUCAGUCUACUCCAUACAGACCCCUUCCCUGGAGAGGGCUUCUAUAUCUCUAAGAAACCGAGGAAUGACAAGCAUGUGGCGGUGCUGCUGAAGGUGGCCGACCCGUCCAGCAGUCUGUUUGCUGUCUACAGACCUAACACAGGUCGCCAGUCACAGUCAGAGAAACUGAAGGUCCUCCAGAAGAAGUACACCAAGGUGGGAGAGGAGGAGGAGGCGGAGAAAUGGUGGGGCAUGCAGUACCAGUCCUCUCUCUCGGUCUGCAGCCAUGCCUUCUGGCAGGGACGGUGCAAGUUGUCGUCUCCGGGCCAGCCGUGUGAGGUGGGACUGCGGAGGAGACACUACUACAUACUGGGAGGCUCGGUGCUCGGGGUGUGGACUCACCUGGAGGGGGUCCUGGGCAGACACAGCAGCCACAACAGCAGGAUGCAGAUUGCCAGAGUCCAGACCUCGUGGAAGAGACUUGUCGGUAUCCUCAUUCCCAGUGGCUGUGUGAACGACCUGAAGCUGACGCUCGCCAAGAUAGCACAGGAGGCCGAGGGUACGGCCGACGAGGACUCCACUAGCACUACUCCAUCACAACAGCCACAACAUCAGACGACAUCAUGAGAAGAGACACGUCACUACGAUAUAUAUAUAUACCGUGGUCCCGCAUGAUCUAAUGCUUUAUCAUGAUUCGUGUCUGCUACAUACACAUUGGACUGUGGACUGCUGCCACGGAACAUGCAAUAAUUUAUUGUACAUAUAUACUAGAAAUAUAUUGUCUGAUCACUGAGAAGCCCCUGUGAUGAUAAAAAACUUAUAAAGUCUA